AAGUGCAUAGUUGCAAGACAAGACACGGAAUGUUUAAGGCACAUGACCGUAAUAGUUUUUGCACACUUAAGGAAAUGUAGUCAGAGUGCAUUAGGAUUGUCCGUAUUUCGCUAUGAUUCAAGUAGCAUUUGUAAUUUGUUUGCUUCCUCUAAAUCAAGCUGCACUGCCUUUAGUGAUCAAUACUUGGCAUUUUAAGGAUGCAACAAUCGCAGCUUGGAGUGCACUGCAGAAAGGAGGCUCGGUUCUGGAUGCAGUGGAGACGGGCUGUGCGCAGUGUGAACUGGAGCAGUGUGAUGGAAGCGUGGGGUUCGGGGGCAGUCCAGACGAGCAGGGAGAGACCACUUUGGACGCUAUGAUCAUGAAUGGAGACACAAUGGAAGUGGGAGCAGUGGGAGACCUGCGCAGGGUUAAAAAUGCUGUGGCCGUUGCCCGAGCAGUGAUGGAAUAUACAGAGCAUACCUUCAUAGUGGGCGAGUCAGCCUCAAUUUUUGCUGAAAACAUGGGCUUCAAAUCGGAGGACUUAUCAACGAACAAAUCAAUGACUAUUUUCUCUCAGUGGUUGCAGGACAAUUGUCAACCCAACUACAGAAAGGAUGUUUUUCCAGACCCUUCCAAAUCUUGUGGGCCAUACAAGCCCAAGGCCAAAGGCCUAUGGAGGCCAAAGCAUCAGAAAGAAAAAAUUGACCCCAGUGCUCAUGAUACAAUUGGAAUGGUUGUAAUUGGUGAGAAAGGACAGGUGGCAGCUGCAACAUCAACCAAUGGAGCAAAUCAUAAGAUACCUGGCCGUGUAGGUGAUUCACCGGUAGCUGGAGCUGGAGCUUAUGCAGACAGCACAGCGGGAGGAGCUGCUGCCACAGGUGAUGGAGACAUCAUGAUGCGUUUCCUUCCCAGUUUUUUAGCUGUUGAUUUAAUGAGAUCUGGAACUGAACCCUCCGUCGCCUGCAAGACAGCCAUCUCCAGAAUCAAAAAGCAUUACCCCAAUUUUUUUGGAGCAGUUAUUUGUGCCAAUACUACCGGUGGAUAUGGUGCUGCUUGCAACAAGGUUCCUGGGUUCAUUCAAUUCACCUUCAUGGUGUCUAACCCACAGACAAAACAACCUCAGUUGCAGAAGGUUGACUGCUUUUAAUUACAUCCUCCUGUUCUGCUAAAUAAUACUUAUUGAUUGAUAUGUGCCUUAUGUGAUCAAGGUUCACUAUGCACUAUUUUAUUUUUAAUAAUCUGUUUUUAAGAUCUUUUAAGAUCAGUGAAAAAGACAUGUUUUAAAUGAAGCUGAGGUGUUUAAAUUUGCACUACUACUGUACAUUAAAUGCAGAGACAAAAAGA